UCGAGAUCGAAGACGAGAUACCAAAUGUGACUAGGUAAAUGUUGUGGGUUUCUCCUUCGCUGCUGCAAAGAAAAUCAUGAAUUUUCCCGAGAAAAUUACGUUGAAUGAGGAAGAUCCUUAUAAUAUUGGAGGCUAUAGCAGCUCAGACGAUGACAGAAACGAGAGCUCUGGUGAUGAGUUUCUUCCAGAGGGACUAUUAAAAGAUAAAAAGCAAGAAACAGAAGGCAGCAGCGAGGAUGAGUUUGAAAAAGAAAUGGAUCUGGAGCUAGAAAGUGUGAUGAAAAGUUAUACAGAAGAACAUGAGGACCAAGGUAGUCAGAAUGAAAACAUUACUCCAGGAAAAAGUGUUAAUGAUGCAACUUCAAGCAGUGACAACACUCGAAAGGGUGAUGCUGGCGAAGACAACAGUACCAUGUAUUCUGAAGACUACUUCAGCUCAGGUUCGGACGAUGAACACCAAGUUGGCGGACAGGCUUCAAAAUCCAAGGAAAGAAGGAAAAUUUUAACAAAUGAUGAACUGUUGUAUGAUCCAGAUAUGGAUGACGAAGAUGAACAAUGGGUAAUAAGACAAAGACGGGACCACAGGCAGAGAAUACAGCAAAGAAGCAUGGAAGAAAAUCAAGACGAUUCUUCAGCAAAUAGAAAGAAAACAAAAAAAACCAAACAGAAUGUGGAGAAAGUUCCUUCAAGUGAUGCUAUAUUGUCAUGUCCAGCAUGUAUGACAACAUUAUGCAUUGACUGUCAGAGACAUGACAUGUACAAAAACCAAUACAGAGCUAUGUUUGUAGUGAACUGUAAAGUUGUUGAAGAUGAAGUACUAAGAUAUGAGCCAUCUCAGCAACAAAAGCCAGGGAAAAAGCGAAAGAAACCACAGAAGGGAAAACUUGUUCAACUCACAAAGGACAACAUGAGCUCUGCUGAUAGCUCUUUGUCAGAACGUUAUCACCCUGUGGCUUGUACAGAAUGCAACACAGAAAUAGCUGUAUAUGAUAAUGAUGAGGUUUAUCACUUUUUCAAUGUUCUGGCAAGCCAUGCUUGAGGAUAGAUGAUAAUAAAUAAUUUAUUUUGUAAGCAGAA